AAGUAGCCGAAUCGACAAGUGAUAGUCAUGAUAACAGUUCAGAGAUAAAAGCUGAAGAACACAAAGAAACAAACACCAACUACAUUGUUCCUGUAUUAUCAAGUGAACAAAUGGAUCUUACAUUAAACAAUAGUCAACAUGAUGAACCUAAAGAAGAAAUUCCAUACAAUGAAGAAACUCCAGAAGUUUCAGCGAUUACUGAACAACAACCACAUUUAGAUCAAACAAAUGAUGUAAAUCAACCUGAAGAAUGUAAUAAAGCUGAUGAAAAUGUAACAGAAAAUUAA